AUGCACUACGAUACGCUUCGAUUUCGCCACUGCCAACAAAGGCAAACGAUGAAAAUGGGAAAUGUCACCGAGCUUAGAGACGCCGAAUACGCUAUAAUCCGCCGAAUACAGCAGGAGACAUUUCCUGAAGAAUGGAAGUGCCUGGUCGAAGGAAAGGAGAUUCAUCGAAGCUCACCCCUAAGAUGGUUUGCUCCUCUAAUUUCUUCGGAGAGCUUAAUACGAGUUGGCGGCCGAUUAGGAAAAUCGGAGGAGUCGGAAGAUACCAAGCAUCCAAUAGUUUUACCGGCAAAACACCCCUUCACAAUUCUGUUGUACGAGUACUACCAUCUGAAGCUGAUGCAUGCAGGUUCACAGUUGCUGCUCAGCUCUGUUCGUCUGAAAUAUUGGGCACUUGGAGGUAGGAAUGUUCCUCGGCAGAUUAUACACAACUGUAAACAGUGUUUCCGCUCCAAACCUAGCCCCAUUCAGCAGUUCAUGGGUGAAUUGCCUUUAGCUCGUGUCACGAGAUCGAGACCGUUUUCCAAGACCGGUGUGGACUACUUCGGACCAGUAUAUGUUCGCUUAGCCCCAAGACGACCAGCAAUUAAGGCCUACGUAGCAGUUUUCAUCUGUCUCUGCACGAAGGCUGUGCACCUCGAGUUAGUUUCGGACCUAUCGACGGAUCGAUUUCUUCAAGCAUUACGCCGCUUUAUUGGAAGAAGAGGAUAUUGUUCGGAUAUUUAUUCGGACAAUGGGACGAAUUUCGUAGGAGCUCGUAAUUUUCUACAAGAACUGCUGAUUCAUUUCCGUAACAGCCAACAUCAGGAGAAGGUAGCCAAGGAGUGUGCGAACAACCAUAUUCAAUGGCAUUUUAUUCCCCCCGCUGCACCCCAUUUUGGAGGCCUUUGGGAAGCUGCAGUUCGUUCGGCCAAGAAGCAUCUUCUCAAGGUUCUUGGAGAAAACGCAGUUUCUUUCGAAGAUAUGAUCACGUUGCUUGUUCAAGUGGAGAAUUGUUUAAACUCGAGACCGAUCACUGCGUUAACCGAUGACCCAGGAAACCUUCAACCGUUGACACCUGGGCAUUUUUUAAUUGGCGAACCAUUUCAACAGCUACCAGAAAGGGAUUACAGCGAGGUACCGAUGAAUCGACUUAAUCAGAGCCAAGUUAUCCAGAAAAAGCUACAACAUUUUUGGGAUAGAUGGAGAACAGAGUAUCUCACGCAGUUGCAAGGGCGAUACAAGAGAUGGAAGUCACCUGUCGAGAUAACUGUUGGGAAACUAGUGAUCAUCAAGGACGAUAAUCUACCGCCAUGCCGCUGGAGAAUGGGACGAGUUGAAAAGCUGCAUCCUGGAUCAGACGGUGUUGUUAGAGUAGUUACUCUGAAGACGGCUACAGGACCUUCUACGCGCCCAGUUGAAAAGCUGUGCAUACUACCAGAAUCAUUUCAGCCUGAAGAAGAGUACCAACUUGCCCAACCGCGAGCGAUUCAGGAUGGGCGAGGAUGUUGGAUUACUAGAGAGCGAUGUCAGGCUAAACCAAUGACCCUUCGUACGACCCUGGAUCAUUAA